AUUAAAACUGUCAAGCUCAACUAUAAAAAUAUGGCAAUAUUCUUAUUAGAUAGAAAAGCGCUUUUUAUUAAAAUAUAUUUUUAAAGUGAAGAAAAAAUUAUAAAUUUUAUAAUGGACUCCUUGCUAAUUUCCGAGGAAAUCAAACAACUGAAACGUCUAAGGGAAUUCUAUGAAGAUCAAUUAAAGCUAGUGGGCAUAGAAAUGUGUGAUUUGGGUGAUGAUAUUCAUAAUUUACUUGAUGAAGCUGUAGAGUUGCAACGUGUUACCAAUUUGCAGCAUAUGCGUUUGUCAAAUCUACAAACUUUCUACUAUAAGAAGAAAAAGGAACACUUGGACAACAGAGCUAUUAUAGUCCAAUUGAAAAAUGAAAUUAAAAAACAGCAAAAGCAAAUUGAAAAGGAACAAAAUGAAUGUAAUUUAUUGGAAAAGUUCACCACAUCAAUUAAUAAACGUCUGGUGUCCGAGGCUCAAAUGCAAAGUUCAGUGCAAGAUAUUGAAUCCAGCAUGAAGAAAUUACAAGAACACUUGGAUACUUUGAAUAUACCAGAUGACUUCAAUAUAGAUGAAUUGAUUCAAAAAGUGGAAUUGUUAAAAAAUGAAAAAUCUAAAGAGAAAAAAGAUUUUUAAGAGAAUUUAAGAGAAUUAUUUAAUAUUUAUAGUAAUUAAUAAAACGUAAUAAAUGUUUACAUUUUUAUAAUAAAA